CACAAAUUGGUCUCUGAACUUUGUCGUCAAUAUAACGUCACAAUACCAUCAGAAUUAACGCGUUUGGCUCCUCCCGACGAAGACGAUUUGAAAGACGAAGGACAAGGCAGCGAUAUGGAAUCGGAGGAUGAAGAAGGCGAGGAAUUAGUUGAGAUUGCCGAAGUUGACAUGACAGAGGAGGAGCCCCAUGGCAGCACGGACGACGAUGUUUCGCCAGAAGGAAAGGAAAUGCUUGAAAAAAUCACUAGAUCGACUCGUCAACAGCAUCUGAAUGGAAAUAUUCAAGGAUCUGUAACGGCUACCGAUCGUUUGAUGAAAGAAAUGAGGGAUAUCUACAAGAGCGAACAUUUCAAGAAC